GCCCGGGGCUGAAGCCCUUGCUCCCCGCCAGGUCCGGCUCGGUGCCGCGAUGGAUUACGCCAAGGCCCUGAGCUCGCGCCUGGCCGCCCCCGUCUCCAAGUGCGUCUCCGCCAGCGCCUCCAUGACCCAGCAGCUGCUGCUGAGCCCGGCCCCACGGCCCCGACCCUUUCGGGUGUGCAACUGGGACCGCAGCCUGCGCAAGGGCAUCAUGGCCCAGAGCCUCGCCGAGCUGCUGCGCCAGGCUCAGAGCGCCCUGCUGGCCCCCGGCGCCGUCUCCCUGGUCCUGGACGAGGACGGCACGGCGGUGGAGACGGAGGCUUUCUUCCGCACGCUGGAGGAGGGCGCGGUGCUGAUGGCGCUGAGCAAGGGGCAGGCCUGGUCUGCCCCCAAGACCCCCGGCUACCAGCUGAGCCUGUCCCGCAAGCCCCCCCGGAGGAUCGACGUGGCCUGCAUCACUUUCGACCUCUACAAAACCAGCCCGCGGGACCUGGGCUGCCUCAACGUCAAAGCCACGCUCUACGGCACCUACAGCAUGUCCUACGACCUGCGCUGCCACGGGGCCAAGCGCCUCGUCAAGGAAGCCCUGCGCUGGGUGCUCUUCGCCAUGCAGGCCACGGGCCACGUGCUGCUGGGCACCUCCUGCUACAUGGAGCAGCUCCUGGACGCCACCGAGGAGCACAAGGAGGAGGAGGAGAGGAGCCCGGAGGCGGCAGCGUGGUGGUGUUAG